CCCUUACCUUCUCAUUUUCCAUCUGCACCCUUCUUCCCUUACCUUCUCACAGAAGAGAGACAUCCCUUACCUUCGAGACAGAGACCGUCUUUCCCCUACUUUGCAUAGAGACCGUUUUUUCUUACCUUUGCACAGAGACCGUUUUUCCCUACCUUUGCAACGUUUGCACAGAUAGAUAUAGAGAGCGUUUUUCAGAUUCAAAUAGAGGGAAAUGGAUUCUAAAAAGAGAAAGACUGAGGAGAAUGGCUCGGGCACAAUCUCAGUGGAAGACGCUCGCAAGAUCAUAGAGCCUUUCACACAAGAGCAGCUUCUCGACAUCCUUCAGGAGGCGACUGCUCGCCACCCUGAUGUCCUUGACCUGGUGCGUGCCAUUGCUGACCGUGAUCCCACCGAUCGCAAGCUCUUCAUCCGAGGCCUUGGCUGGGACACCACCACCGAAUCCCUGCGCACCCUCUUCUCUCAAUAUGGUGAGAUUGAAGAGGGGGUCGUCAUCCUAGAUAAGGCCACUGGAAAAUCCAAGGGUUACGGAUUUGUCACCUUCAAGCACAUCGAUGGUGCCCUCAAUGCCCUAAAAGAACCUAGCAAAAAGAUUGAUGGAAGGAUGACUGUGACUCAACUUGCUGCAUCAGGCAACCAGCCCUCGGUUCCCUCAGUUGAUGUGUCGGCUCGCAAGAUAUUUGUGGGAAAUGUGCCGUUUGACAUGCCUGCUGAUAGACUCCUCCACCACUUUUUGCAGUAUGGGGAGGUUGAGGAGGGGCCAUUAGGGUUUGAUAAGCAAACAGGGAAAUCACGAGGGUUUGCGUUGUUUGUUUACAAGACGGUGGAGGCAGCAAAGGCUGCACUUGAGGAGCCGAAUAAGUCUGUGGACGGGCACCAGCUUGUGUGCAAGCUUGCGGUCGAUGGGAAAAAGGGCAGACCUCUUGCCGGGCAAGAGAACCCAGUCCCUGAACCCACGGGGCUUGGGGGCCUAAGUGGACCACCAACCAAUCCCCCUCCCUAUGGGCUUGGUCACUCGGGCUAUACUCAACCCGGCAUGGCUGGCCCUUCGUUAGGGCACCAUCUAAACUCGCCUUUGCAAUCAUCGGUUGCAACACCUGGGCUUUCGUCAUUGAGGGGCGGGGUUUCGGGGCCCAUGCCUUCGACGCUUGGUGUUGGUGGUGGGGCUUAUGGGGCUGGGCACCAUACUUCAGGGUUGGGGGCUUAUGGGUCUUCCCAGGCUUAUGGGCAUGGGGCUGGUGUUGGCUAUGGGGGAAGUGGUGGUGGGUCGAUGUAUGGGCUUCCACCAAGCUCACAAGGUGUUGGCAGUUAUCCCGAGCCGGGUCACUAUGGGGCCCUUUCAUCGACAACCUCAUACCAAAGUCAGCACCAUCACCACCCACCAUCUGGUGCAUCUCCGGUUCCAAGGGUGCCUUCCGGAGCAGCUUAUCCUCCGUAUUACUAGGUGUUUUACAGCUGUUGCGCCGGAAUUGCUUUGAAUGGUUGUGGUGAAUGACGACAUUGUAUCUCUCUGCUGUGAUGAAUGGUUUAUCAAACUUUUCUGGCAACUCUUUUUUCUGAUGGUUUUUAUCUUGGUAGCUGGGUUGAUAGUAUAAACAGUAGAUUAUGUAGUAGUUUCCCUUCUGGCAUUUGAACCUUUGGGCUGUUUGUGCACCCUCUCCCGAUUUGUCUAAAUACUUGUUUUGUUAUGGCAUGGGCACAAUCUCUCUCUCUCUU